AUGAAACUUAAUCAGUCUCUGCAAUCCAAGGAAGAUGCGAAGAAUACAGAGCGGAGGAACAAGUACAUGGUGGGUGGGAUGGCUAGACAUUUCACCCAUAAAGGCUUCAUUGCAGAGGAGGAAAGGCUGGAGGCGAUUGCAAAGGAGAAAGAAGCCCAGAAAGAACAGAGAGAAACGGCAAGAAAGCAAAAAAGACAUGUGAAGGAGGCUUUUGAGGAGUGGUGGAGAAUGGCAAAGGAGGAAUACUCGAAGGACAGGAGUGAAUAUGAGGAGAUGAAGAAGAGAUUGAUCAGCGAGGGGGUCAAGUGUAAAGACUUACCGAAGGCACCCCAGAAACCAAAGAAGGCAGACUAUCCCAAGGAAACAGAGGAUCUCGAUGACUCUGAGAGCGACGAUUCAACCAGCUCCAAGGUGUAUUAG